UUGCUGGAGCCCCUGCUCCCUGCUCUGUAACGGCGGCCCAGCGCGCCCGCGGUUUGGAGAACCGUAAUAAAGGGGCAGCUUUGUUUGGAGGUGUAGUUGGGGCUACAUAUUUCCCUCCACCUACACAGAUACUGGCAACGUCUAUCUUCGCGUUUAACUCACCUGAACUUAGCAAACGGAACAUCUCAGCAGAAAGUAAUAGUCCGCGGCGAGCUUGAGAGUGCGGGGCCAAAUAUCACACUGCACCCCCUUUCCCCCAAAUUCAGCCCAGUGGGAUGUCGCCAUGGGUACUGCUAGGCCACUCCUCUCCUUGGGCCCAUGCACUUUCAUCCCACAAGCCCUAGGGAGUUACAACAGUGGAAAGUGGCUAGGGAAGGUUUUGCGUUGAUGCCUUCUCUCGGAGACGACUGCAGGCCGAGGUGCAGCUAGGGGACAGGCAGAGUCGAAGCAACCUUCGGAAGUAAUGUUGCCUAGCUCUCACCCUGUGCAGAUAAGAAGCCCCCUGCUACUUUCGGCCGCUUAGUGAGCUGGACCUGAUGCUGCCAGUCACCCUCCUCUCUGUUCCCAACCUGAAAAUGGGUACAUGUGCAAGUGGCAGGACGAGAAAGGAAAGUUUAUUUUUUAAAAUCAAUUCUUGAAAAUAUUCUUGUUUAGAAUUUGGGAUAGAGGAAGGUCCUACCUUAUUCUUGUUUGUCCUUUUCUCUUGUAGGACCGGUGCGUCUCUGAUCAGAGCUAUUCUGAUCUGAAGAAUUUGGUGUUUGAAGCAUUAAGAUAAUAGCCUGAGUUGUUCAUGGAGUUUUUCAUCAGUAUGUCUGAAACCAUUAAAUAUAAUGACGAUGAUCAUAAAACUCUGUUUCUGAAAACACUAAAUGAACAACGCCUGGAAGGAGAAUUCUGUGAUAUUGCCAUUGUAGUGGAAGAUGUAAAAUUCCGAGCACACAGGUGUGUUCUUGCCGCCUGCAGCACCUACUUUAAAAAGCUCUUCAAGAAGCUCGAGGUUGAUAGCUCUUCAGUAAUAGAAAUCGAUUUUCUUCGUUCUGAUAUAUUCGAAGAGGUCCUGAACUACAUGUACACAGCAAAGAUUUCUGUGAAAAAAGAAGAUGUUAACCUAAUGAUGUCAUCGGGUCAGAUUCUUGGUAUCCGGUUUUUGGAUAAACUCUGUACCCAGAAGCGCGACGUGUCUAGUCCCGAUGAAAAUAAUGGUCAAUCAAAAAGUAAGUACUGCCUCAAAAUAAAUCGCCCCAUUGGAGAUGCUGCCGACACUCAGGAUGAUGAUGUGGAAGAAAUCGGAGACCAGGAUGACAGUCCUUCAGAUGACACAGUAGAAGGCACCCCCCCGAGUCAGGAGGACGGCAAGUCGCCGACGACAACGCUCAGGGUUCAGGAAGCAAUCUUAAAAGAGCUGGGCAGUGAGGAAGUCCGGAAAGUCAAUUGCUACGGCCAGGAGGUCGAAUCCAUGGAGACCCCCGAAUCGAAAGACUUGGGGUCCCAGACCCCGCAAGCCUUAACAUUUAAUGAUGGAAUGAGCGAAGUGAAGGAUGAACAGACGCCGGGCUGGACAACGGCCGCCAGUGACAUGAAGUUCGAGUACUUACUGUAUGGCCACCAUCGGGAGCAGAUAGCCUGCCAGGCGUGCGGGAAGACCUUCUCCGACGAGGGCAGGUUGCGGAAGCAUGAGAAACUCCACACGGCGGACAGGCCGUUUGUCUGUGAAAUGUGCACAAAAGGUUUUACCACCCAGGCUCACCUGAAAGAACACCUCAAAAUCCACACAGGGUAUAAGCCCUACAGUUGCGAGGUGUGUGGAAAAUCUUUUAUCCGUGCCCCGGACUUAAAGAAGCACGAGAGAGUUCACAGUAACGAGAGACCGUUUGCGUGCCACAUGUGUGACAAAGCCUUCAAACACAAGUCCCACCUCAAGGACCACGAACGCCGACACAGAGGGGAGAAGCCCUUUGUAUGUGGCUCUUGCACCAAGGCAUUUGCCAAGGCGUCGGAUCUGAAAAGGCAUGAGAACAAUAUGCACAGUGAAAGGAAGCAGGUGACCCCCAGUGCCAUCCAGAGCGAGACCGAACAGUUGCAGGCAGCAGCCAUGGCCGCCGAGGCCGAGCAGCAGCUGGAAACCAUUGCCUGUAGCUAGAGGUGAUGGGACAGGACCCCGCUUCGCCUGAGCCCCGGAGCCUGACACUGCAUCGUUUGCCACAUAUGAGCGCCAGUCACUGUAGUUUUGUGGAAACUUACAGAGCAUUGUACUCACUGGACUGAAGGCAGUGCCUGGUUGGGUAUUUUUAAAACUUUGCAAGGAAAUAAGUUCCUUGGUUCUGACCAAACAGUUUCACUGUCCCUGUCUGGUGUCUGGUAGUAAUGUUGCCAGUAAGUCCCCCUCCCUCUUUUUUAUGGUUUUAAUUUGAGAACUCCCGAGUCCAGUUCAGAAGUGGGAGACUUCUGUUCCAUGUGUAAUUCCUCUCGACACUUGCUGCGCUGGCGAGUGCACUGCACAGAGUGAUCACUGAGUACAUUGAUUUCCUGAUCAUCACGAUUAUAUGUGACUUAACGGUCAAAACAGCCUUUUUAAUAACUUAAUAAAAGUACUUCACGUAGAUGCAGAAAAUACUGGUGGGUGGUUGACCAAGAACACUGCGCGGACACGAAUACAAGUUCCGGAAGUGCAGAAUGGUAUUAGAUUUGUAUUUGGUUUGUUAAUUUUAUAUCACUGUUUUUCACUAUUUUUUUUUUUUUUUUUUUUGGUGGACAAAUAAUUGUUGCUUUGCUAAAAUGUUUCUUCAUUUUCAUUGCCUGCACUUACCCCAAAAGAUGUAGUCACACGUCCCCGAACACAGGCUGAGCAAAUCCACGGGGAAGAUGGCGGUCGGGGGCCUGAGUUCUUUUUGUUCCUCUCUUUUGGGGCAUUGUCGAUCGGCAGCAGGUGGGGUUUGUGUGGUAGACCAGUUAUCCGAGGGACAGCAAAGGGGGAAUAGGAGCCUGGCUCUCAGGGACAAGGUUUUCAUGUUUGCAACAAUUCCAGGAUUUUCUAGAUCAAAAUAAUUCUUAAUUGAUUUUUGAACUUGGAUUUUUAUUUAGGGUCAAAAUUAGGACAUACGUUCUUUACAUACAUUUGUGUCACUUAAGAGAAUGUCAUCAAGCGUUUGGGCUCUGCAGCACGUGAUUUAUAGGAGAUGUAAUAUCGUUGCUUAAAUUAAUAAAUUGAAAAUCUUUUAAGUGUGUAAAUAGUGUAGAAGUGUUGGUCUUCUGUAUUUCAAGUAAAAGUAGACAGCUGCACUUUUUUUUUGCACAUUGGAUUAAAAUAACUUUCAUAAGCAGCAAAUAUCAGUCUCUUUUUUAACUGAUAUUAAAGACUAUCAGACCAAAUGUUUAUUUUUUUGAAGUAUAUUUCAUCAUUGGUGGUUUCAGUUUUAAGUAGAAUUUGAUUGCCAUUCCAUAGCCAUAAAUGGAAUUAUAAACACUGUUCCAGUUUGGGUGUAUGAGAACUUUUUUUUUUUUAACCAUUUCUUUAGGAAUAUAUUGAAAUACCAAAAUAGUUUGAAUUAUGUUCUGUAAUAAAAUAUUAAGUCAAUUAUUUUAGAAUGUACAAUUUUAGGAAAACGUCAGUUUUCAAAAUUUAUUUUUGAUUCCUAGAACAUUUUUUUUCUCAACACACAGUAAAGUAUUUCAUUUCGUACUUAUCGCAUUAACACCUGUAAUUACUGUUGUGGGAGAAAUUUUAUUUUUUACAUUGAUUGUAUAUGUUGUGCCCAAGAUCGUAGGAUGAAGAUGCUGCCUUUUAAUGAAAGUUAUUUAUUGGUAAAAUGUUUACUUUAGUUUAAAAUUAAUUUAAUUUUCUUUCUUAAAAGUUGUUUAUUCUGUCCUGAAAGUAGUCCUGUCACUGUGUUUAUAUGCCGUUAGUGGAAGGGGAACUGAUUGGUAUUCCUUGGCUGUUUUAACCAAAGCAGAGGAAAAAUAAUUUAACAUUUUGUUGAUAGCUACUUCAACAAACCAUUUUUCGGGGCUUCGUUUUUGUAUAUAAAAGAAAAUAUACUUCUAUCAUUCCUGUUUUCAUUUUUUCACAGCAAUGUUUCCCGCAUCCAGCUUUCUGCCAAAGCACAUUAUCUAUGCAGUCUUCAUCAUGGUUUUACAGAGUUGCAAGUUAAACACGUGGUAUUGAUCCUCAUUGAAACCACAUAGUCUCAGUGGUACCCCAAAAAAGAAAGCACUUCAUUUUCAGCACUUGAUUUGUAUUAUGCAAAUAUCUAUCAUCUGUCCCAUUUUGCGUGAGCAAUGUAUUUGUGAAUUACCAUGGCUAACACCGGUUACGGGGUCUCUCUGUGUGUGUGUGUGUGUGUGUACACGCACGUGCCUGUUCUCUUUGUGUUUUGGUGGCAGCAGAGUCAUGAUGUGGAACCUUUCUUUCCUGUUCUCUGGUCUUUCAGACUGCCUCUCCCACCCUGCUAACUUGAGUGGUCCCCUAGAUGGUGAAGCCUUCACAUUAGACCUCCAAUCACAGGGCAUUAAUCCUGAAAUACGCUACCACUGAAUCUGCAAUGUUAGAGGAAAGGAAAUUUGAAAUGUUAAUGUUAUUACCUUUACAUUAUCUGAAAGUCAGCUACAUUUUUUCCUUUGUACAAAGAAACUGUCUACAGACUUGAUUUUAACUUUCAUACCAAGCUGCAAUAUAUUGGCAGUGACUGAGAAAGAGAAUUUUAGGAAGUCUAAAUUUUAGGUCAUUGCCUGUUAAAUAACUUCAUGAAUUUGGAAUUGUUAGAAAUUACAGAAGUUACCAUCAAGUGAGCCAGAUACUAACAAAUUCCUACUGUUUUGUUGAAGAAAAAAUUGAGGUGAAGGAGAAUGAUGCAUGUUUAUGCCAUCCCCAGUUCAGUGGAUUAUGUUGUGUAAGGAUAUCUGUAACUUAGUCACUGGGAACCUGGAAUUCAUUUUCCUGAGUAAUGCUGUUGGUGGUGACUAGUUCCCAGAGCAGCCAUGCAAGCCUUCCCUGUACGUGUAUUGUAGAGCUGGUAUAAUAUAAGGAGUUGAGGCUUCCAGGGAAGUGAAUGGAGAAGUCUUGGAUUCCUUUCUGUCACUUACCUUUAACAUCUACCCUUUCUCUGACGCCCAAAUCCCCAUCCCCUCCUCACGGCCAUGAAUGGGAGACAAGACACCAGGCUGAAGGCAUGGUGACCCCUGACAACCAUCGCAGAGGUGAGGGUCUUCAUUCUGCUUCAUUCUCGUACUUAAAUCAAUGAGCACUUCAGUGAUCGGCAGCUCCCUACAUCCCUUAUAAUACGCUGCCAUUUUGAGAUAGCCCUCACCGUUCAUUGUUUGAAUUUUGUCUUCAUUUUAGCAUACCCCCUUGUAAUGGAAUUUCUGCCUCU